UUUAACAUUGUUGUACAAAAUGUAUUCGCUUACAGAAGGAGCAUUGGACAAAAUUACAAAUGGCAUUGACGUCGAUAAACCGGUAUUGCAAAUAUUGGGUCAUAAAAAGUUAUCUAGCUCAAGUAGUGGAGAACGUUAUAGGCUUCUUGUAUCUGAUGGAAAACGAGUAAAUUCAUUUACAAUGUUGGCUACUCAGUUAAAUUCAAUGAUAACAGAUAACAUUCUAACAGAAUUUUCUAUUUGUCAAAUAAAUAGAUAUGCUAUAAGCAUGGUAAAUAACGCAGGUAAACAAAAACGAGUAAUGGUAAUACUAAAUAUUGAUUUAAAAGUUCCUGGUAAUGAAGUUGGACAUAAAAUUGGAAAUCCAACAAAUGUUGAAGCUGAUGCUGAUGCUAAACCACCACAAUCUGCACAAUCUGUUGAACCUUCUCCUCAAAACCAGAAUAAUUCAAUUUCAAAGCUUAGUAUGCAACAACCUUCAACUAGUGAUAUAUCAACAACUCCUAUUGUUGCAUUGAGUCCUUAUCAAAAUAGAUGGGUAAUAAAAGCCCGAGUUGUCAGUAAAUCUGCUAUCAGAACAUGGAGUAAUUCACGUGGUGAAGGAAAAUUAUUUUUUAUGAAUCUUGUAGACGAAAGUGGAGAAAUUAGAUGUACAGCAUUUAAAGAUCAGUGUGAUAAAUUUUAUGAUAUGAUUGAGAUGGGAAAAGUUUACUACAUUUCUAGAGCAACCUUAAAAACAGCAAAUAAACAAUUUAAUAAUUUGAAAAAUGAUUAUGAAAUGACUUUAACUGGUGAUUCAGAAGUUAUUCCUUGCCAUGAUAAUGAAAGUGAUAUUCCAUCUCUCCAAUUUGAUUUUGUACCUAUAAAUGAUAUAGAGAAAAAGGAAAGGAAUGAUAUAAUGGAUAUAUUAGGUAUUGUAAAAUCUUCUGGUGAUUUGCAAAUUCUAACAUCACGAAAUACUGGAAGGGAAAUGAAAAAGAGGGAUCUUAAUAUUGUUGAUGAAAGUAACACUAUGGUGACUCUUACAAUAUGGGGAUCACAAGCUGAAGAAUUCGAUGCAAGUAAUAAUCCAGUAUUAGCUUUAAAGGGGGCACGCGUUGGUGAAUUUAAUGGAGGAAAGAAUUUAUCUACUCUUAGUUCAACAGUUCUUCAAAUUGAUCCAGAUAUUCCAGCAGCACAUAGAUUACGAGGUUGGUUUAACAAGAUUGGUCGUAAUGAAGAAACUAAGUUACUUUCAAGGGGACUUGGAAGUGCAGGUGGAGGGAAUGGACCAUGGAUCACAUUUAAGGAUGUGAGGGAUAUGGAAUUGGGAUUUAAAGGUCCUGAAAUAUAUACCGUAAAGGCAACACUUAAUAUGUUUCGUAUUGAGAACGCUUUAUACAAAUCUUGUCCUACUGAAAGUUGUAAAAAGAAGUUGGUAGAUCAAGCAAAUGAUAUGUAUAGAUGUGAAAAAUGUAACAAAGAAUACCCCAAUUACAGAUAUCGUUUACUUGCGAGUAUGAACUUAGCAGAUUGGACAGAUCAACAAUGGGUUACAGCAUUUAGUGAAGAAGCAGAGAAAGUAUUAGGUAUUACAGCUCAAGAACUUGGAGAAUUAAAAGAAAAUGAUAAUGAUGCCUACCUUGAAAAAUUUGGCGAUGCAACAUUUAAAAGUUUCAUAUUUAAGAUAAGAGUGAAACUAGAAAUGUUCAGAGAUGAGAACAGAUUAAAAGCAACGUGUAUUAGUGUAUCCCCAGUGGAUUAUAAAUUAUACAAUGACCAUUUAAUAACUAAAAUCAAGGAAUUAGCUGGUAUUGAAAAAGCUUGA